UCAUUUACUGUCACUGUCAUUAUCGGUUGAAAUUUGGUUAUUUAUUUAUGUUACAAAAUUGAAACACAGCUAAAAGAAGGAGAAAAAUAAAGUAAUUGUAAUUGUAAGCAAAUACUCCUAUUAGUUAAUAAGCAGAUCGAAUCAAACGUCAUUAAAAACCCAAUAAUUAUAUCAGAAUCAUCUGUCUUAUCAUAAACCCAAAGUAUCAUCACCAUUAAAUUCCUUGUUUUAAGUCCGAGACGACAAAAUGCACAGAAAUUUGCCACAAAAUAAAGAAGCCCUUCUGAAAUCCUAUACGACGCGACUAAAGGAAGAUGUCAAAAGUAUGCUGGAAAAUUUUGAAGAAAUAAUUAAACUCGCUAAAGGCGAAAAUGAUUCACAGCUAAACAGGAUGACACAAAUUGAACAAGAUACUUUUGAAAUGCAAGUCAGAGCAGCAAAUAUUGUUAGAGCUGGUGAAUCCUUGAUGAAGCUAGUCUCAGAUAUCAAGCAAUAUUUAAUAUUAAAUGAUUUUCCAUCAGUUAAUGAAGCUAUUACACAAAAUUCUAAACUGUUUCGCACAAAACAACAAGAAUGUGAUCAAAAAUUGAUGUCACUAAGAGAUGAUAUAGCAGCCGAUUUGUAUGAUUUAGAAGAUGAAUACUUUACAAGUUUAUAUAAAUAAACUAAAAACUGCAUUUUCAA